CAUAUACAUGUAUGAUAACAUUUUCACUACAUCCUACCGCCAUUGGUUUAUGAUGUAGUGACAACGGUAUUUAUUCCGUGCGUUCGGCGAUUCAUGACAAUUGUUUAAAACAUGGAACAAUUGUAAAUGAAUAUUUCUUAAUCAUCGGAAAACUUUGCCUCUUUUAUUAAUAAUGUGAACAUUAUUUCUUAGGUUUAUGAGAUAGCAAGGCAUCUACCAUAGUCAACAGACUUGCAGGAUUCAGGAUACUUGACAUGGAGAUUCGAAACCCUCUUCUGUCUCGAUCAGUGGGUAUCAAAGAAGAAAACCAUGCUACCACGUCGAACCGGAAAAUGUCUUUACGGAAGACCCGACAAAGAAAGCGACCAAAAUCUAUACUUACACAACAAUCGUCAGGCAGCGUAACAAGGGCAAUGAGAACACGAAGUGCAUGCGCCGCUACUGUUCCGAUAUGGUCAGAAAUGGAGCGACUAAAGACACGAGCAAAGAACUCAAGAAACAUCAAGGCUGUUUUCAAACCAACCUUCGUGCAAAUAAAAUGUGAUAAAAAACACUUUCCAGUCAUGAAAUCCUCGUGUGAAACAAUAAAGGGAAUAAUGACAAUUUGUUCACAUGACAUAAAAUGUUCACCUACUUUGCUAAAUGAACAACAACUUGACAUGAUAUCCAGCAAGUCAUUUCACAUUGUCGCAACAAAAGAGUGUCUUCCAUAUUUUCGAAACGUCGCAUCAAACGAUACGAAGGUGUUUCCUAAAGACGAAUUGUUCGACACAAUAAAAUCAACAAGAGAAUUUACAUUGAUUGUAGGUGAAGAUGCAAUGCAAACAACAAUUUGCGAGGUUUUGCAAAACCUAAAUGCUCAUAUUCCUGUUGCCGGUUUAGUUGUUCAUAACAAGGAUAGAGCUCCCCAAUACCGAGAUCUCUCUAAUGUUUUGUUCGAUACUGCAAUGCCCGAUACGAUCAUGAAAAAGGCUGAUUCGUUAUUGAACCGAUGUGUUCAUCGUAUACUGGCAGUUCUUUACAGAAAAUUGACAGAGGCACCCUUUGGUUCUGAUGACCAGGUCACCGCCUUCGAUGUGUGUGACAUGAUUAAGUCAUCGUUUCAAAGGAACAUGAUACCUCAGUUGGAAUGCCCUGAGAUACCAGAACAUGGCAUAUAUCCGCACAAUAUUGACGAGGUCAUAGAUAAGAUUGCUCGCGAAGAAAACGUCAUAGGGUGCUUGAAGAAACUCGGGACUCUUUACGUUUACCUGAACUCGCCUCAGGAAUGUUCAGAAAUUGAAAAGAAAAUUAAAGAUAUAAUCAUCAACCAUGGUGUCAGUGAAUUAAAACCUGUAUUCAAAUACGUAACUAUGGAAAACUUAUGUUCUUCGGGAGACUGGGCGUGUAAUGGAACGCUUGGGGGUUUUGCUAUGAAAAAAAUGAACGUUACGUCGGAGUUGAAAGACCGCAAUCUCGUUGCUCUUAUUUCACGUCACGUAGCAAAGAACACAAAAGAAAGGUUCCUCCUUGUUGGGCAAAAUAAAACGAAACUUGGAUCUAUUGAUGGAAUGAAAUACCUUGAGGAUAUGGACAUAUAUCCAGUUAUGGUCGAUCCCGAUCAGAACGAUAAGUGUGAUAGAAACUUCAGGACCGAAGAUGAUAAUGUGAAGCUAGCAAAGCUCAGAAACACUAAAGAUAUUGAAAUAUUAAAUGGAUCAAUUGUUCAUAUAUGGGGGCACAAAACAUCACCAGGGUUAGGUAUUGUGGUAGAGAAACCCUUAAAGACAUCGAAUGGAAAAAUCAUAUUCGUAAGGGACCGUGAUCAUGAACAUUCAUUCGCAGAGCCUGGUGAUAGCGGGGCGAUGGUAUGUUACUAUGACCCACACGGAGAAGAACUCUAUGCUGUUGGAAUGUUGAUGGGACGAUGUAAUUCCAAUGGAGCAGUUACUGCAGGACGAUACGCCGCUCAAGUACUCGAUGACGGACUGAGAGCACUUUCCGAAAUCAACGAAUGUACUUUGUUUUUUUCUGAUAAUAGCAACCCGUAGACGUUUCAAGAAUAAAGUUGAUACUAGAUCUUUGAAAUAAAUGAAUCAUCGUAGUUACCAAACUAUUAAUUUAGGAAAAAAUAUAACAUUAUAAUAAAAUUCUUUCGUUAUGAAUAAAUAUGUGUACAUAUCUUCAA